AUGCAGGAGCUUCUCAUCCGGGUGUUUCUCGAGUGGCCCUACUGGCAGCAGAGCGGCAACUCCCCAAAUGGGAUCCCCUGGUCGAACAAGCACCAUGACUUGGCCAACCUCUUCGAUGCCUGCUUGGUUAUCACGGGGAUGGUCGACUUAUUCAUUGUGGUGCCGAUGUCCGGCAAUUCGCCUGAUGCCAUGAUGCGCGUGGUCAGGACGCUGAAGUCCCUGCGUGCCGUCCGCUUGCUGCGGACCUUCAGGUUUGUGCGCGGCCUGCGCUUAUUGGUGCAAGCGUGCCAAUGCUUUCUGCCUUCGCUGUGUUGGUCCAUGGUUCUGCUCGCCGUUUUCAUGUCCAUGGGCGCCCUGGUGUUGGGGAACCUGCUCCUGGAGUUCACGCAGAGCGAGUCCGAGUCGCUGGAAGACCGGCAAUGGAUUUGGCGGCACUAUGGCACCGCCUACCGCGCGCUCUACACUCUGUAUGAAAUAACCUUCGCAGGCAACUGGCCGACGAACGUCAGGCCGGUGCUCGACAAGGUAAGCCAUGCCUACGUCAUCUUCUUCCUGCUGUACAUCACCAUCGUGGUUUUUGCUGUGAUACGAGUCAUUACUGCAAUAUUCUUGAAGGAUACCCUCGAUGCCGCGCAGAAUGAUUCCGAGAACCUGGUGGUGGAGAGGCUACGCAAGAAAGCUGAAUAUGUUGACAAACUCGAGGCUGUCUUCAAGGCAAUCGACAAGACAGGAGACGGCAUGAUCACGGAGGAGCGUUUGGAGCAGAUGCUGAGCCACCCCAAGGUGUCAGCGUAUUUCAACACUCUCGACUUGGACGUGCAGGAGACGUCUGUUUUCUUCCACAUCAUUGACAAUGGUGACGGCGAGGUCACUCUCGACGAGUUCAUAGACGGGAUCCUCCGUUGCAAAGGUCAAGCCAGGGCCGUCGACUCCAUGGCCAUUCGCGCCGAGCUCAAGAGACUCCAUGAAAAGCUCAACAAGCUUCAGAGGCGAGUGGCGCAGGGUGGUUGGGUGUUUGUGCAUGUUUGUGCCGUGACAUUGCCCUAG